AUGGAUAACGCUCUACGUCAUAUUGAUAGACUAGUUUUUUGUAGUGAGACAACGUGGUUGGAUGAACAAGAUAUUCAGUCUGGAACUGAUCGAAGUACAAAGAAAUUGGAUGAAUUGAAUAAUUAUUCGUCGACACGAUGGGAUUGUGUACUUCAAUAUUUAGUUAAUCCGGAUAGAGGACAAGUGACUAAAGAUACACUGGAAGUGUUUUUGAACGCAAAAUUAAUGAAACAAAGCGAACCUUCCACAUCAUCUGGACAACAGAAUACAAUAACUGGAGCCGGUUUUCAAUUUUUAUUAAUGAAUCGACGUUCGCAAGUUUGGUUUUUUAUCAUUCAUUUAUUAGAAACUCGACAACUACGUGGCGAAGAUAUUAGUGAACAUUUGAUAUUUUUAUUUCAAUUAAGUUUUGCAACAUUUGGUAAAGAUUAUUCAUGUGAAAAUUUUAGUUCAGUAAAAGAAAAUUUUUUACAGCAUCUUCGAGAACUCGGUCUCAUAUGGAGAAAAACAGGUCUAACGUUAGGUUAUGUUAAUGCAUUAUUCAAAUCGGAAGAUGUUCAUGAGAAAGGGAAUUAUCGACCCAUCGCCCCCCUUCCAGCACUUUCGGAACUACCCAAAUUUCUAUUAGGAAUUGUUUUAGCUAUUAUAGCCGUUAUUAUUAUUGAAGAAUUUUAUUAUUCACUAAAAGUGACUCGAUAUUUUCCAACAAAAUUAGCAAUUGAAUUAGCAUCCGGGUUAAAUCAAGGAACAAAUGAUCAAACUAAUGAUGAUAUACAAGCCGGAUUUCUAUUUGUCGAAACAAAUUAUCGUAUUUAUGCGUAUACAAAUAAUGAUUUAUAUUUGAAAAUAAUAGAAUUAUUUUGUAAAAUGCUUUAUAGAUUUCCAAAUAUGAGUGUUGGGAUUGUAACUCGUCAAAGUAUUCGUAAAGCAUUAAGUAAUGAAAUCUCAGCUGAAUUGAUUUUAAAUUUUCUAAAAUCACAUGCCCAUCCUCAAAUGCGAAGUAGAUUAAUGGAACAAAAACCGUUGAUUCCAACAACAGUCAGUGAUCAAAUACGUUUAUGGGAAAUGGAACGUGAUCGUAUUCAAGAUCAAGAAGGAAUGUUAUAUAAUCAGUUCUUAACACAAAAUGAUUUUGAAUUAGUUGAAAAAUAUGCAAAGGAUUUGGGUGUUUUGUUGUGGUCAAGUCCUCCUAAACGUUAUGUUAUUGUUUCCAAAGCCGGUCACGAUGAGGUGCGGCGAUUUUGGAAACAACAGCGACCAAAAAGUGGAGGUGGUGAUGUGAAAUGA